AUGGACUUGGAGGCGUUUUUGAGCACCCAGCCGUGGCUGCGCCCCGACCCAGUCGCGACCGACGCGCUCACGGCGCUUCUCGCCAACAGCAAGGACGCGACCAGCAACGAUGUGCUGCGCCCGCUUCUGCCGGGUGAUUUCGGGCUCUGCGCAGGGCUACACGUCGGCGACCACGCCUUCUGCGGCUUUUCGAGACGGUUUGGUGACCAGACGCAGUUUGCCUGCCAUCUCUAUCUGCGCACGACGACGAUCGAUGGCAGCAAAGACGUCGCGCUCUACCUGCGCAUGCUCGACAUGCUGUACUUUGUCGAUCAUAGCUGCAUGCACAAGCUCACGAAACCAGUCGACGACGUCGACGUCGUGUCGCCCACGGCCAAGCGCCCGCGUGCGUCGCGGACGCCACCGCCCACGCCACCGUCCGCGGCGUCUCCGAUUCCAUUCCUCAUCAUGGCCUUUCCGGCCGUCAACUUGCGUGUAUGGAUCGACCAUCCGACCAUGGCGCGCAGCGACCAGGCGCGGUACCUGCACCAAGCCGCGCGGGCGAUGCAGACGCACUUGCCACCGCAGCCGGUGGCCCCGCUGUCAGAGCCAUCGCUGCCUGUAGGCCUCACGCCGUCGCAGCUACUCGACGUCUUUGCCGACGUGACAAAGACGCAGCACCUCUCGCCGGACGCUGCCGCGCUGCGGCUCGACGACUUGCGAGCGCUCGCCGAGGCAAGUGGCGUGCGCUUCGAACCCGGAAAUGUCGCGAUUGCGCCCACCGUCCUCGGGCUUCUCAUGGCCACGCUCUUGACUACGCCGCGCGUGGAAUGGCAUUGGGAAAGCGCAUCCAAGCUCGUCCCACUCGCCACCCCGUGCUCGGUCCACGACGAGUGUCUCUUGACACCACCCCUCGGGCUUUGCUCGACGACGCGCUGGCACCACUGGGAAAACGUCCUCGAUGGCCUACCGCACGAGGCGGCGUCGCAAGAAGACGCGACGGCCAGCGUCCUCGAUCAGCUAGCGCACGAUAUGACGCUGUCGUCGCUCGACGCGGCUGUCAAGGACCAGUGCAGUGCCAACGUCAUGGCGGUCUCGAACGCAAUCGUGACGUGUCGCAACAGUGUUGUCGACGAUCUCUGUCCACGGCAAGUGCGCACCGCGGAGCUCAGCGAUGACGAGAUGCAGCGUUUUGCGCGUCUCUUUGACGGGCUUCGUGAUCGCAAGAAGCGCCAUUUGACGGUUGCGCUCAGCGUCCUAUUGCUCUAGUCCAAUUGUACUACUGUAUAUGCAACAGACGUUUUGGCCAAAAGCUCCAAAAAUGUACAAUACAACUAGGAGGUUCUUGUGGACGUGAGCUAAAA